CCCGAGUCUGGGCCGUCUCGGAAGGAGAGGGUGGAGGCCGCGGCCAGCUGGAGGCGCAGUCAUGCCCCGGUAUUACGAGGACAAACCGGAGGGCGGCGUGUGCGCGGGCGUGAAGGAGGAUCUGGGCGUGUGUCUGCUGCAGUCUGAUUGCGUGCUCAAGGAAGGAAAAUCCCCCCGGCAGUGUCUGAAGGAAGGAAACUGCAAGGCUUUGAAAUACUCAUUUUUUGAGUGUAAGAGAUCAAUGUUGGAUGCCAGAUCAAGAUUCAGGGGAAGAAAAGGAUAUUGAUACUACUAUGUUGAAACCAAGAUGAAAACAACAAAGGACUCUGGUCAUUAAACCAGAGAAGCCAAAAUAAGAAACAUACUUUUUGUUACAUCUGUUCAGGUGGACCAGUUUUUUCCUCCAUGAAACAAGAAAAUGGAUGAGUUCUGGUUUCCAGUAGGUAUAAAUGAUUCUCUUGCUCUAAGUUAUUCUUAGAAUAAAAAUUUAAUUGAA